CGGAGACCACGAAUCUUGAACUCGAGAUCGUACGCUACUUGUUAGAGAGCCUUUACUCGAGCGCUUGUGAGAUGCAGAUCCCGUUGCGAUGGAUCACUGUUGCACUGGUGAUCAGUACGUUAUCUUCAGUCUCGUGCGAGGAAGGGUCGCUACGGGACAGUGGGCGUGAUGAGAGUCUCUCGCGUAUUCAGAAUAUUGCAGCCAAACCUGAGGCGCCCGCAACAAGCUCUCAACCUCUUAAUGUUAAUGGCACUGUGUCUGAAGAAACUACAUUAGCUAAAUCAAAGACUUCGAAAGCGGAAAAUGCUACCAUCUCCAAUACAAAUUUGGUUAAAAAUGUCCCCAAUGCUUUUAAGACUGGCGUAGAUAAAGCCAAAGAAGAGACUAAAGAACUUCAGGAGGCAAAUAAAAGUUCAGAUUCGUUUCGAGAAGAUCUAGAAGAGCGUUCUGGAAAGCUCCUAGCGUACUACACUACAAAGACCAAAAAUCUUUUUGCCACGACGUCCAUUUCAGUGCUAUCUACUUGUUUCUCUGCCACCAACACGGCGUGUACGGGCAGAAGGAAGAAGCGGUCUCUCGACAGGGGUGUCGAUGUGACAGGUUUUGACAUGCCAAGUUCAACCAACUUGGACGGGACCGUUCAGGAACCAAGCGAGCCAAAUUACGCGACUGGAAAUGUUAGUGGUGAUCGGGACCCUAAAAAAUUUACGAUAUGGAGUACGUUAUUCAGCACCUACACUCUCACGUCGACUUAUUACUUCUCUGGCACCACUGUGACCAUCAGCGGCGCUUGCAGCAUCGCAGGAAUGGGAAGUUCUUGCUUCGGGUAGAAAUAAUUCGGAUUUUGCUUUGAUCAGUAACUACUUGAUGAUGUAACGAAACUUAUUGUUCUUUAAAACUUGAUACAAUUUCGCCAGACCACGUAAUUACAUUUCGAAUCGCAUAGCAUGACUUUUCUUGAGAAGUUAUGUUGCAACAAUCGAUUCCAAUGUAAUCGCGCACGAAUUAAUACACUUGAUGUUGAAGUGACAAGUACACAUUCUAAGAUCAAACUUAAUAUUCGUCAGUCAAAUUUGGAUUAAAAAAAAUUGUGUUAUUAAACUGUAUCUCCUUCUACUAUACGAUGUUAUUUUACACAUUUAGGUGAAACUUUCCCUUACUUUUUUAUCAUCUUUAGAUGUUUUAUAUUCAAUAGAAUUUUUUGUAUUUUAGCAUAAAGAAUUCAUUCAGCACACGCCAAUAUUGUUUUUUUAACCUUACAAACUCAUCUGGAGUGUUUAUACUGAAUCCAGUGCAUUAAUUCAA